UUUCUCUAUUCCCUAUCUCUCUCUUUCUCUCUCUCUCUCUCCCUCUCUCUCUAAACCCUUUCUCUUGUUUUCUCUCUCCUCGCCGUGAAUCGAUUUAACCUACAAUCGGUAACAGCCGCGGAAUCACUUUCACCCUUGGAUCUGUAAGCUACUAGGUAUACAUAAAGGAUCAAUGGCACCGACCAGGAAAUCCAGAAGUGUGAAUAAGCGGUUUAAAAAUUCAAAUGAUAUUUCUCCUGAGAAAGAUGGAGUUGGCUCAAGUAAAAACAAGCAACGGAAGAAGAAGUUGUCUGAUAAAUUGGGAUCUCAGUGGAGCAAGGGGGAACUAGAGCGAUUCUAUGAAGCAUACAGAAAGCAUGGUAAAGAUUGGAAGAAGGUGGCUGCCGCUGUUCGUAAUAGAUCCAUUGAAAUGGUGGAAGCUCUUUACAAUAUGAAUCGGGCAUAUCUAUCUCUACCAGAGGGAACGGCUUCUGUUGUUGGCCUCAUUGCAAUGAUGACAGAUCAUUAUAAUGUCCUGGAAGAGAGUGAUAGUGAAAGGGAGAGCAAUGAUGCACCAGGAUCUCGAAAACCUGUGAAACGAAAGCGUGAAAAACUUCAGCUUAAUGUCUCAAAGGAUCCUGUCCAGUCUCAGUCUGUAACUUCCAGUGAUGGUUGCCUCUCUCUACUGAAGAAAAGACGCAUUGAUGGUCUGCAGCCUCGUGCUGUUGGAAAAAGGACACCGCGGGUCCCAGUUUACCACUCUCAAAAGAAAGAUGAUAGGGAGAAUUAUGUUUCGCCUAACAAAAGAAGCUUGAAGUCUACUGUUGAUGGUAAUGAUGACGAAGUUGAACAUGUAGCUUUUGCACUAAGCAGGGCUUCACAAAGAGGAGGCUCUCCCCUAGUUUCUCAGACACCACGUAGGAGAGGAGAACAGAAGUUCUCUCCUGCUCAGAGCCGGGAUAGAAUGCGCCAAAUGUCAGAGACAGCUCGUGCCAAGUUUCACAAUGCUUCUGUGGAUGGAGAGUUUUUGGAAGGUAGUCUUGAAAGCAGGGGAGCUGAAAAUGGAGAAUAUGUUAGAGAUACUAGUUCCUUGAUGGAUAUGGAAGGAACGAGCACUGCUGGAGUUCCCAAGGGAGGAAAAUUUUACAGAAAGAAAGAAAGAGUGGAAAAUGUUGGAAAUUAUCAGCUUGAUGAUGGAGGAGAAGCAUGCAGCGGCACUGAAGAAGGGCUAAGUUUUAAUUCUUUGAAGGAAAAUAAUAUGGAGGUAACUAACGAAAAGCUUGAGCAAUUCUCCCCAACAAGUCAGCGGAAAAGAAACAAAAAACUCCUCUUUGGAGGUAAUUCUGUUAAUAGGGAUGUCUUUGGAGAUGAAAUCCAUGCCUUGGAUGCUUUGCAAACUUUGGCCGAUCUAUCUCUAAUGAUGCCGUCUUCUGAAGUAGAAUCUGAAUCAUGUGUCCAGUUGAAGGGAGAAAGAAUGAUGGUUGAUAAAGAUGAUAAGUCUGCUUUACCCGAAUCAACAUCAACAAGCCAUAAGAGAAAUAAAGUUAAAAUUCGUGCGGUCCCUGGACCUGACACUUCAACGUUCAAAAAAUCUAAACUCAAGGAUAUAGCAAAUGAUACCAAUGCUCUCUCUGAAUCAAAAGAUCAGCUUCCAUUUGCUGAUAAAACAUGGAAGAGAAAGCCAAAGUCCACGGUGUCAAAGGCUGUAGAUGAUGAGAAAAAAACGGUGAUUAAAGGAAAAUUCACUGAUCAAGUUUUUGCCUCACCAAAACAAAUAAAGACGGUCAAACCUUCUGAGGUUUUACUGCGUGCUGAUCAGAAAGGUUUUGCAGUAUCAACUUCUGAAAUUCCACUUUUAAGUGAAGUUAGUUCACCAACUAAAAAAAGUAGACGCAAGAUGAUUUUUCAGAGACCAUCCAUGCGUAAAGAGAAGUCUUAUGAGAAUGUAUUGAAAAGUCAACCUAAUAAGCACUCUACCCAAAAGGAAAAGCUUUCUAGCUGUUUGUCAUCUUAUUUGGUUCGCAGAUGGUUUACUUCUGAAUGGUUUUAUAGUGCACUUGAUUAUCCAUGGUUUGCCAAAAGAGAAUUUGUGGAGUACUUAAAUCAUGUUGGACUAGGGAAUAUCCCAAGGCUAACUCGUGUUGAGUGGAGUGUCAUAAAAAGUUCCCUUGGCAAACCACGCAGGUUUUCGGAACACUUUUUACAUGAAGAAAGACAAAAACUUGAACAGUAUCGAGAAUCGGUGAGGAAACAUUAUUCUGAGCUGCGGAAUGGUAUAAGAGAUGGACUUCCAACUGAUUUGGCAAGACCAUUAUAUGUUGGACAACGUGUAAUUGCCAUUCACCCCAAAACAAGAGAGAUUCAUGAUGGUAGUGUGCUUACAGUUGACCAUGACAAGUGCAGAAUUCAGUUUGACCGUCCCCAGUUAGGAGUUGAAUUCAUCACGGACAUUGAUUGCAUGCCUUUGAAUCCAUUAGAUAAUAUGCCCGAAGCUUUGAGGAGGCAGAUUGGUGCCAGAAAAGCCUCUUUUACGACUAUAGAACCACAUAUUAAUGGAAAUUCAAGUUUUGGGGGAUGUGAAAUGCAUGCUUCACCUGUGAAGGUACGCCCCUCUUCAAGUGCUUUAGUUAAGCAAGGAAAGGUGGAUGCUAACCAUGUCACUUCCCAGGCCAAUAUUGGUAACCUCUGUGCACAAGCUGCCUCUGCUCAACCGUGUAAAGUGAUGCAACAUCAAUCUAAAGAAGCUGAUAUACAUGCACUUUCUGAAUUAAAGCGUGCUCUAGAUAAAAAGGAUACACUAUUAGCAGAGCUUCGAAAUGCUAAUAAUGGCAUAUUGGAAAACCAAAAUGGCAUAGAAUGUUUAAAAGAUUCUGAAGGUUUCAAGAAGCAUUAUGCCACGGUACUUGUAGAGCUAAAGGAAGCCAGUGGACAGGUUUCUGAUACCAUGCUUCAAUUGAGGCAACGCAAUACCUACACGGAAACCUCUCUGCCACCAUGGAUGAAGCCCAAAGCAAAUUUCGAAGGCCAUGAUGACCUUCCUAAUAUGUUGGAUAGUUCUAUGACACAAGAGUCUAGGUCAACUGUCAUUGAAAUCAUUAAAGGAUCCAGGCUACAGGCACAUGCAAUGCUGGAUGCUGCAUUUCAGGCAUGGUCUCAAGCUACAAAGGAAGGUAAAGAUGCUAUUACGAAGAUUGGGCAGGCAUUGGAUUCUAUUGAUUAUCAGCAGUUGUCCUCCAAGUACAGGUCGCCUGUGAUAAGGUCUCAAGAUCAAGUGAAUGGCAGUUAUUAUCAUGCUAAUCAGUCGACUUGCAGAGCAUCAGAGCCUUUACUUAACGAUGCAUCUGGUCUGAAACUGCACAAAGAUUCUGACGAAGUUGAGAUUGAAAUACCAUUUGAGCUCAUCACUUCAUGUGUGGCUACAUUAACCAUGAUUCAGAGUUGUACUGAACGGCAAUACCCUCCAGCUGAUGUGGCUCAGAUAUUAGAUUCUGCCGUUACCAGCCUACAACCGUGCGAUACUCGAAACCUUCCUAUUUACAGAGAAAUUCAAAUGUGCAUGGGAAGAAUUAAGACCCAGAUUUUAGCUCUCAUCCCUACUUAAUUAUAUCUUCUCUCCAGAAUUUUUAGUUGUAUAGAGGAUGCUAAACCAUUUAGUUUGUAUCACAUAGGUGCUCCUUGCCCCUUACUUAAUCUGUAUUUUUUUAAUAAAAAAAUUAAGUAUUUAAUAUGUUGAAAACCCAAAAGCUGUUGAUUAAUAACGGCAAUAUUAAUGGCUUGUAGUAUCUAAGAGCUACUGAAUAGGAGCUGGCACAUACCGGUUAUCUAUCUACCCUUGGUGUGAAGGCUACAUAAUUGUUGAUUGACUAGCAAACUUAGCUGUCUUACCAUCAAUUCGUGAAAUUUUCUUGUUUUGGAUAUCCUUUCUGAAGAGCUGCAUAGUCUCCUCUUUGAUGACAUUAUUAAUGUCUAGGAAUGUGCAUUUAGGUUUUUUUUUUUCUUUUCUUAA